AUGUAUUCAAACAACAACAAGUGUCAUUGUGGUUUAAUUGCCAAGCAAGGAACGACCUCGAAGGGAGAAAAUCAGGGUAGAAAGUACACCUCCUGUUCUAAAAGUAUGACUGAUAAGAGUCGAUGCAAAUUCUUCAAGUGGUUAGAUUCAUCAGAACAAACAGCAACAACCAACAUAUCAUCUUCUUCAUCAUCCUUCAAAAGCAAUAGCAAAUUACAGCACAGUGAGCAGGCUUUUGAUGAUACUUUGAACAAGACGAUACAAUUGAUGAAUAGAGUGCUUCCUUCUUCCUUGUUAUCAUCAACAAGUGGUUCUUCUUCUUCAUCAUCAAAUAACAAGUCUCCUUCCAACAACACUAAUAGCCAGUGCUCAUCUCUCACACUCUCACAAUUGUGCUCCAGUAUGGAAGACUUGAAUAUUGACAAAGAUCUUUCAAAGCCUUCUUCUUCUCAAGCUAUUGAUAGAGACUUCAUAUUGAAUGAUAGUCUUUUUCCUUCUUCUUCUUCAGAAGCAAGCAAGAAUAGUCUUCCUCUGAUUGGAAACAAUCAGCAUAAAGGAGGAACAUCAUCUUCAUCGUUACCAAAUUCUCUCCUUGAAGAAUGUAUGCAAAAGGAAUUAAAUAGCAAACAAUUGGAGGCUGUCUGUGCUAGCGAACAUGAUUGUGUAUGUGUUUAUAGUGGACCGGGAUCUGGUAAGACAAAGACCAUCACCAACAGGAUUGCCUACUUGUGUAUUGUUAAAGGAAUUGAACCAAGGAAUGUAUUUGCCAUGACUUUUACUAACAAGGCUGCUCAGGAGAUGAAAACAAGACUUGUUCACCUUGUGAAAUUGUACGAUUUUCAAAAGAGAAUUAAUGCAAAGGAUUUCAGUCAUAUUGGAACGUUUCAUGCAGUUUGUGCUAAUAUUUUGAGAAAUGAGAUGCAUCAUUUGACUCGUAUUGUUGGAUUGGAUCAGAAAUUUAUGAUAUUUGAUUCGGAAGAGCAGCUGUCAUAA